GGCUCCGGCUGAUGGAUGGAGCUGAGCUGCAACUGCUGUCAUCCACCCUGGGCUUCCCUAUUCUUAGAGUUGAUAUUCCAUCAUCGCUGCUUGGCACUGUCGCCCUGCCAGCCCCUCCUCUCCCAGUUGAAAGCUUCUGCACGACCCCCGAGCCCUCCAAUCAGACAUCUCUGACCGGGUAGCUUUCACUCGUCACCAUUCACCAUGUUCUCCUUUUUCUCCUGCACGCGUUCCCGACGAAGCAAGGGACAGCAGGUAGAUUGGAAGCAAAUCGAGGACGCCGCAAAUGGCCUCGAGACGCGACCUUCCUGGAACGCGCCCGACAAUACCCUGCUCAUGCAGGCGUUUGAAUGGCACGUUCCCGACGACAAAUACCAUUGGCGUCGGAUCCAGCACGCCCUGCCGGGGCUAAAGGCCAUUGGGGUCGACAAUCUCUGGAUUCCGCCCGGUUGUAAAGCCAUGAACCCGUCUGGGAACGGCUAUGAUAUCUAUGACUUGUAUGACCUCGGCGAGUUUGAUCAAAAGGGCUCGCGGACUACCAAAUGGGGUACGCGUCAGGAGCUGGAAGAGCUCGCUGCCGAAGCACAGGCGCUGGGCAUCGGACUGUACUGGGAUGCAGUGCUCAAUCAUAAGGCCGGCGCGGAUUAUCCGGAGCUGUUUGAGGCGGUUAAAGUAGAUCCUAUACGACGAGAUAUCGAGAUUGGUAAACCGGUCGAUGUGAAUGGCUGGGUUGGGUUCAAUUUCGAUGGUCGAGGUGACCUGUACAGUCCGAUGAAAUACCACUGGCAGCAUUUCAGUGGUGUGGAUUGGGAUGACACGAGCAAGGAGAACGCUAUCUACAAGAUCUGUGGUCCUAACAAGGACUGGGCGCAGGAUGUUGGUAAGGACAAUGGGAACUACGACUAUCUGAUGUUUGCAGACCUGGACUACUCGAACCCUGAGGUGCGGGAGGAUGUCUUGCGAUGGGGAACGUGGCUCCGGUCUGUGUUGCCACUGAAGGGGAUGAGACUGGAUGCAGCCAAGCAUUUCUCGACGGGCUUCCAGAAGGAGUUUAUCGACCACAUGCGCGAGACAGCUGAGGGCAAGUUCUUCGUGAUUGGUGAGUAUUGGUCGUCGGAUGUACGGAUUCUGAUGAAGUACCUCGAGGAGAUGGAGUAUCGAGUGUCGGCCGUGGAUGUGCCUUUGGUGGAGAAGUUCUCGCGCAUGUCCAAGGCCAGAGGAGCCGACCUUCGUCAGGUGUUCAAGGGGACGUUGGUGCAGAGCAAGCCGGAUAAUGCGUUGACAUUCGUUGCGAAUCAUGACACCCAAGCCGGUCAAAUGCUCGAAAACGUAGUCGAACCCUACUUCAAACCCCUGGCAUACGCCCUGAUCCUUCUGCGUCAAGGUGGACACCCCUGUGUCUUCUACGGCGAUCUGUACGGCAUCAACCAUGGCGAGAAACCCAUGACGCCGGCGUGUUCGGGCAAACUCCCGAUCCUGAUGCAAGCGCGCAAACUAUAUGCCUACGGCGAACAACAAGACUACUUUGACCAGCCCAACUGCGUGGGAUUCAUCCGCUACGGCAACGCUCUCCACCCCUCCGGCCUCGCCUGCGUGCUGAGCAACGGAGGACCGGCGCAAAAGCGCAUGUACGUCGGACCGAAACACGCCCGAGAAGAGUGGACGGAUCUACUCGGCGACGAUCCAGCCGCUGUCACGGUCACCAUCGACGAAGCGGGUUACGGGGUGUUCCCGGUUCAGGGUGGGAAGGUGAGUGUUUGGGUGAAUCGCGCGGCACCUGGCCGAGACUGUCUCGAACUGCCGUUUGACGUCAACAUUUACUCUACUACCACUACUACCUACUAGAUAGGUACUAUCCAAGUAUGUACCUAGAUCCAAGACAUAUACCAUAUACCAUGUACUAUAGCUAUUAGCCCAAACUCAAUAAAUUAAAUUAAAUCCACC